GUGACAGCUCAGAGCUGUCCACGUCAACACACCGAGCGAGCGGAGCGACGGCAGGAGCAGCAGCAAUGGAUUCCACGUCUCCGGAACCGUCCCUCUACACAGUUAAAGCAGUUUUUAUUCUCGACAAUGAUGGCAACAGACUUUUGUCAAAGUACUAUGACCCAGAGCUUUACCCCUCCAUGAAGGAGCAGAAAACCUUUGAAAGGAAUGUUUUUAACAAGACACACAAAGCAGACAAUGAAAUAGCUUUUCUGGAAGGCAUGACCAUCGUGUACAAGAGCAGUAUAGAUCUUUUCUUCUACGUUGUGGGAAGUGCUCAGGAAAAUGAGCUCAUGCUGAUGUCAGUACUUAACUGCCUGUUUGACUCCCUCAGUCACAUCCUCAGGAAAAAUGUGGAGCGGAGGUGUUUAUUGGAAAACAUGGAAGGAGUGUUUCUUGUUGUGGAUGAAAUCAUUGAUGGGGGGGUGAUUCUGGAGAGUGAUCCACAGCAGGUCCUACAGAAGGUCAACUACAGGGCGGAUGAGAACCCAUUAACUGAACAAAGCGUGGCUCAGGUUUUGCAGUCAGCCAAGGAGCAGAUCAAAUGGUCUAUACUGAAAUGACUGAAAACAAAUCUGAUUCUCCAAAAAGAAUGUUUCCAGUCCCAAAGCUAUUUUUACAGGGCCAAACAGAAGGGAUGGAUGUUACUGAAACGAUGGCCAAUAGGCUGCCUUAGGUGUGUUUUUGUGAUAACAUUUUUUUCCUAUUGUGUGUGACAAGUAUUUAAUUCAUUUGGGAGUAAACAUAGCCCUUAUAUAUGUGGAGGUGCCAUUUAGCAAGCCAAAUGACAUUUCUUAUUUUAUUAUCAUAAGUAAUAUCCAGGCAGCUAUCCAGUACCUGAAUUGUCAAAAGAAGUGCAAGAAAUCGGUGGAACAACAUUGUCCGUUCUCAGUCCCAACGAACUGAUCGUGGCUCUUGGGUUUCUUUGAGGGGUUAUGCUUUUUUUUUUCCCUUUCACCUUGUGUGUGUGUGUGUGUGUGUGUGUGUUUGACUGUGUGUAUCAACAAUAUUACAAAGCCAAAUUAAUUUCUAUUACAACACUACAAGAAUACAGAAGGUAAUACUAAAAGUUUGUUGUAUUGAUUUUCAACUGACUCGUUACACUCAUGAUUUCCAUAAUGCUUCUUUGAAGCCCAAAAGCAAAUGCAGUUAUGCUUUAUGACACUAAGAAGUCACUGUGGUACAGAUGCAGGAAAUCUAAUUUAAUGAAAGUCUGCACAUGUGAAUGAAUUUUAGAACCAAUGGGAGCUUAAAAAAGAUAAAAAUAAAUAAACAAAAAAGUGCACAGGAUCCUGUGGCCAGAGUUACAAAGAAUAUUGUCUAUUCUACUGUUGUGAUAAUAAUUAAAGAUUUUAAAAGACAUUACAUGUUUUGUUAGUUGAUGAAGAGAAAUAUGGCCAAAGAGAAACUAAUUAUUUUUUUUACAUAUGAAUGUUGCUUUCUCUGUCUGCAAGAGAGCUAAUAAAACUAUAUUUGUCCUGGUUUCAGAUGGUCUGCUUAGCCAUUAUAUAUUCUUGUUCUUUUAUUUUUACUUUCAAUUAGUUCAUCCCCGUGGAUGUCGCAUUUAUUUGCUCUCUGAGCUAAUCAGAGUUCAAAAGUGUCUAACAUAAUGAAUAUUAAUAAGCACUCUAAAGGACUUCGUUUGUGUGGGCGUGGUCUGGAAAAUUAUUUGCAGAAAGCAGGUGACGUCAGUUGGCACGUGUUAAACUCACCGAGCCAAUGGUUCGUUAUGGGUUUAUUUUCCGAUGAUAUUAUUGGCUGGCUGCCGCACACGCCUGCAACUCAUCGCAGGGCACAAGAAAUCAGACGAAAGCCUUAAAUUUAAGGUACAAAGAGAAAAUUAAUGUUUUUAUGUUAUUAUCAGAAUUAUUUUGGCUGAAAUUGAAUUAUUAUUGAUAUCUUGAAAUAAAACUGAAUAAUACUUUUGAAA